UUUUUAAAAACUUGAAAACUUUCUUAAGAAUCUUAAGAAAGUUUUCAAGGCUGACCGCAAUCCAAUAUGUUGGGCGAUUGAGAUAGUGCUGGAAAGAAUAAGUACAGGAAAGGACCAAAUUCAGAGAAACUACACAGCUUGUGCGCGGCUCUCGGAAAGGACUGCAAUGAAGUUCCUGUUGGGCCUCCUCGUGGCGUGCUUUAUGGUCGGCCUCAGUAUCGCGCGGGAUGGUCAUGAAACAACCGACACUAACACCACUUCUAGAGGCGAGAGUCCUGCUGUUGAGGCGACGCCAGCAGUCACACACGAGGCUGGACAUACAGCGACAUCACCGCCAGGUUCCGGAGAAGCUGGGCCUGAAACUUCUCCGCGAGUCACUGCUGAGUCUGGUGGAACUGCCGGCACAUCUGUCAAUUCGUCUCCAGGCACAGAGCAUGAAGCUACGACGGUUCCGGCCACAACUGAGGCGACUGGUGCAGCUGCCGGAAUAUCUGUCACUGAGACUACAGGGCAUACAGCUGCGACGGGGACAACAACACAUGUGGGCGAACUUUGUGUAA